AUGCUAUUCUCCCUACUGUCUCGAGACACCGAUAAUAACCGACCGGCCUGGCGAAAACGACAGCCUGUGAAAGACCCUUCACUCUUGAAGAUCUUUUGGCUGUCCAUGGGCGUCCUUGGCAUUUGUGGAAUCGCCGAGCUAUUCUAUAAAGUAUACACUUACAGAAAACCGCCACGCCCUUCCUGGGGCCACGAUGCCGCCGCCAUCCAGACGACGGCACCCAUCCUCUAUUCGUGCGGCAACACUCCUGAAGAGGCAAGGGCCCUGGGCUGCAAGUUCGAGCUGCACAACUUCGCAUGGGUUCCGCCCGAGUGCUACGAUCAGCAGCUGGGCGAUGACUGGGACGCGCAGGACUGGCAGUUCGCGCGGACCAACCUGACGCCCCCGGCCGAGGCCAUGAUACCCAAGCACGUUGCCAUUAACGGUGAGCUCGCCAGCGCUUGGGUACCCUGGCAUCAGCACAUGGCGCACUGCGCCCUCAUCUGGAAGAAAUUCCACCGUGCCGUCGCCCUGGACCGGCCCAUGGACAGUUGGACUUCGAGCUACGCCCACAGCGCCCACUGCGCCGACAUGCUCAUCAACUGGGAUCUCGCGCGCCAAAAGGAUAUUUUUAACAGCCUGCUUCACCUCAAGUUCCCCACAUGCAGUUAUGAAUGGAAGCACCAGGCGGAAAACGUGACGGCCCUUAUCGCAGCCCACUCAACGUCUCACAUUCAUCAUUCUAACCAUGGCGGGGAAUCAUGA